GUUACAGUGAACACUAAUAAACAAAUACAAAUACAAAGAUACAUAGAUCUGUGUCUGUGAUCAUUUCAAUGAUUCAAUUUUUUUUCCUGCUUGUAUCUCUCAAGUUUCAAAUGGGAGCCAUUUUUUCAAAUCUUGUCAAUUUUUUAUAAAAAGAUUGCUAUUUCCGUCUGGGUUUCAUAAAAAGUUUGGAUUUUGGGACACAUCCACUGAGAACAAGGCUCAGACUUUUUCUUCUGGGGGGGUGGCUACCGACUAAAAACUCUGAGAGCCGUUUCUCCGAUUCUGGGGAUUGAGUUUUCUGGGUUGUGAGCAGGAGGAGGAGGUAGCAGAAGCAUGGUCUCUUCAAGGAACAGGCCAAUGCUACGAAUUCUAGGUUUUUUUAUAUGUGCAGCUUUCAUCUACCUCUCAUUUAGGGAUUUGUGGUUGAAUCACUACAAGAGGAAACCAGAGUUAGGGUUUGUGAAGAGGAACGGAACUCAGUUCGUGUUGGAUGAUAUGCCUCUGUAUGUAAAUGGGUGGAACUCGUAUUGGUUCAUGAACCAUGCGGUGGAUGAACACAGUAGAAACCUUGUCGGUGAAAUGCUUGAAGCUGGAGCUAAAAUGGGUCUCACUGUUUGUAGAACUUGGGCUUUCAAUGACGGUGGCUACAACGCUCUUCAGAUCUCCCCUGGCCGAUUCGAUGAGCGAGUCUUUCAGGCCUUGGAUCAUGUAAUCGCAGAGGCUAAGAAACAUGAUGUUAGAUUGCUGCUUAGCUUAGUGAACAAUUUGCAAGCUUACGGAGGGAAGACUCAGUAUGUGCAGUGGGCAUGGCAAGAAGGUGUUGGUCUCAGUUCUUCCAAUGAUUCCUUCUUCUUUGAUCCAUCUAUCCGCAAUUACUUCAAAAAUUAUCUCAAGGCUCUGCUCACUCGGAAGAACUCAGUAACUGGAAUAGAGUACAGAAAUGAUCCUACUAUCUUCGCUUGGGAGUUGAUCAAUGAGCCACGAUGCACGACUGAUGUCUCUGGCAAAACUCUCCAAGACUGGAUCGAGGAAAUGACGGGAUUUAUUAAAUCGAUUGACGACAAGCAUCUCCUCACAGUUGGCCUGGAAGGCUUCUAUGGUCCUGAGAACCCGAAACGGCUGACGAUUAAUCCAGAACAGUGGGCCUCUCAGCUUGGAUCAGACUUUGUUCAAAACUCUAAUUCCUCAAACAUCGAUUUUGCUUCCGUUCAUGUCUACCCCGAUCACUGGUUUCAUAAUCAGACCUUUGAAGAGAAGCUAAAGUUUGUGGUGAAAUGGAUGCAAUCUCACAUUGAAGAUGGGAUGAAAGAACUCAAGAAGCCAGUUCUGUUCACAGAGUUUGGACUCUCAAACCUGAACAAAGACUACGAACCAGCCCAGAGAGAUAAGUUCUACAGAGUCAUAUUCGAUGUGGUUUACAAAUCAGCCAAACGAAGGAAGGCAGGUGCAGGUUCAUUGGUGUGGCAGCUAUUCAUGGAAGGCAUGGAAACAUUCAGCGAUGACUUUGGGAUAGUUCCACAUGAACAAGACUCCAUUUAUAAAUUGAUGAUAGAACAAUCUUGCAGGUUGGGUAAAGUCACAGGACGUCUUAAGGAACGUAAGUUGAAAGAACUUUGUUCUCACAGACACUGAGAGAAUCACAUGUUAACUGUGUCAUUUUUUCAACAGUGAAAUCUGAUUCUCAAUUUUGUUGUAUACAAAGAAUCAAAUCAAUGAGUAAUAAUUUGGUGCAUUCAACCAAA